AUGGCCUUCUCAGAGGCCAUUGAAGACGAUAAACCAGCCAGUGCAGCAGAGACAGUCGAUCGAUUUGCCAGUGGCAAGCUGCGAGCCUGCCAACUGUGCAGUUCCAAGAAGAAGCGCUGCACGCAUAGGGGCGGCGACCACGGCGUCGUCGGCGAGACCGACCUCACCAUGAAUACCAGGCUGCGAAAGCGAGAGCAAGGUGAAGCCUCCGUAAGAGAAACCCAACCUCACUUUCCGUCUUUAUUCUCUCUGAAAUUUCCCAAACUUACACUCAUCAAGGUCACUGACACCAGCCACGCCAAAAGUCCUUCUUCACCUGCUUCCACAUCUUCUACCACCGAUACCAACGAGAUGGAGAAGUUCAACGGGCGCCACAAGCGCUCGGUUUCAGUCAAGUCCGCAAGGAAGAAUGCUGAGUCGACCGCGCCGGCAAAGACCGCCACUACCAAGACCACCAGGGCCACCAAUGGCGAGACAGCCGCCUCGAAUGCCACUGUCCCCGAGCCGCCCACCGACAUGCUGAGGGGCUCCAUUGCCCUGUCUGUCCAUUCCGUCUACGCACAUGAGCUUCAGCAGCGGCUGGAUGAUUUCGAGGCCAAGUUUGAGGCUAGUAUGGCUGCACACGAAGCCACCAAGGAGGCUGCCCAGGCUGUUCGCGAAACUGUCCACGGCUGGGUCGAUGCCUGGACCUCCGGCCGGUGA